GGCCAUACUUAAACCGCGCUGGCUCUGCUGGUGGCGUUUGUCUCCGCACCUCGUCACAAGCUUCGCCAUCAUCAUCAGUCCCAGUUGUCCAAGCGAGAGCACAAGCUUGAGCCGUCAACAAAACGACCCACCUCCGCAUACCAACCUGAUUCUCUCCACAUUCGCCCACCAUGGAGAUUAACGACGCCUCAGACAAUUCGCUCCACGGCGAUUCCGCUGGCUCUUUGCCUGCCGACGGCACUGGCAUCACCCAGGUCGACCCUUGGCUCUCACCCUUCAAGGACGCUCUCAGAGCUCGCUACACCAAGGCCCAGCAAUGGAUCCAGUCCAUUGACGAGCACGAAGGCGGUUUGGAGAAGUUCAGCAGGGGUUUCGAAAAAUUCGGUUUCAAUGUGGCCGAGAACAAUGACAUUGUGUACCGAGAAUGGGCUCCAAACGCCUUACGGGCUUAUCUGAUCGGUGAUUUCAAUGGCUGGAAUCGUGAUUCGCACGAGAUGACCAAGAACCAAUUUGGUGUUUUUGAGAUCACGGUACCUGCGGCCAACGGCCAACCUGCCAUACCUCACGACUCCAAGAUCAAGAUUUCCUUCGUCGUACCUAACGAUCAUGCGAGACAAGAACGCGUUCCAGCGUGGAUCACUCGAGUCACUCAGGAACUUUCAGUUUCCCCCGUCUACGACGCCCGGUUCUGGAAUCCGCCCGAGAAGUACGUCUUCAAGAACGCCAGACCUCCCAAGCCUGCCAGCGCACGUAUCUACGAAGCCCAUGUGGGUAUCUCUUCGCCUGAGCCCAAGGUUGCGACAUAUAAAGAGUUUACGGCAAACAUACUCCCGCGUAUCAAGCAUCUUGGCUACAAUGUCAUUCAGCUGAUGGCAGUGAUGGAACACGCUUACUACGCAAGCUUCGGAUACCAGAUUAACAGCUUCUUCGCUGCCAGCAGUCGGUAUGGGUUCCCUGAUGACCUAAAGGAGCUGAUUGAUACGGCGCAUGGAAUGGGCAUUUCUGUGCUCCUAGAUGUCGUGCACAGUCACGCGUCAAAGAACGUGCUGGAUGGUUUGAACAUGUUCGACGGUAGUGACCAUCUUUACUUCCAUGAAGGUGCCAAAGGAAGGCACGAGCUGUGGGAUAGCAGGUUGUUCAACUAUGGAAGCCAUGAGGUCUUGAGAUUCUUGCUCAGCAACCUCCGGUUCUGGAUGGACGAAUACCAAUUUGAUGGGUUCCGCUUUGACGGAGUCACGAGCAUGCUAUACACGCACCACGGCAUUGGAACUGGGUUCUCCGGAGGCUACCACGAGUACUUCGGACCCGGCGUUGAUGAAGAGGGUGUUGUGUACCUGAUGCUUGCAAACGAGAUGCUACACAAGCUCUAUCCCAGCUCCAUCACCAUUGCAGAGGAUGUCUCUGGAAUGCCAGGACUUUGUGUGGCAUUGUCCCUGGGCGGCAUUGGUUUUGACUACAGGCUGGCAAUGGCCAUACCUGAUCUUUACAUCAAGUGGCUCAAGGAAAAGCAGGACAUCGACUGGGACAUGGGCGCCUUGUCCUUCACCUUGACCAAUCGCCGGCAUGGCGAAAAGACGAUCGCUUAUGCCGAAAGCCAUGAUCAAGCGCUCGUUGGAGACAAGUCGUUGCUCAUGUGGCUUUGCGACGCCCAGCUUUACACUAACAUGUCAGUGUUGACCGAAGAGACCCCCCUCAUCAGCCGCGGCCUGGCUAUGCACAAGAUGAUUCGCCUGGUCACCCAUGCCUUGGGUGGCGAAGGCUACCUUAACUUCGAAGGGAACGAAUUCGGCCAUCCUGAAUGGCUCGACUUCCCACGCGAAGGUAACGGAAACAGCUUCCAUUACGCGCGUCGGCAAUUCAACCUUGUUGACGACCAGCUUCUGCGUUACAAGUUCUUGAACGAAUUUGACAGCAAGAUGCAAUGGACGGAGGAGAAGUACGGCUGGCUGCACAGCCCGCAGGCGUACAUCAGCCUGAAACACGAAGGCGACAAGAUGAUCGUUUUCGAGCGGGCUGGUUUGUUGUGGAUUUUUAACUUCCACCCGAGCAGCAGCUUCACGGACUACCGGGUCGGUGUUGAGCAGGCAGGCACGUACAGGGUUGUGAUCAACACCGACUCUCCGGCGUUCGGAGGUCACGGGAAUGUCAAGGAAGACACGCGGUUCUUCACGACGGACUUCCCGUGGAACGAGCGCAAGAAUUUCUUGCAGGUGUACAUCCCAAGCCGUUCGGCACUGCGCGGUUCGGGCUCGGCUGAAGUCGUAACUGAAGGUUCUCUCCAACUCCCAGUUGAGCUUCAUCUCCUCCCAUCCGCACCUCUCCACUCCCAUCUACAUCGCCCUCCGACAUCCUUCAGAAUGCUCAAGAGCGGCAUCACCCGGUCGCUGAGAGCCUCAGCGCUCCGCCGGCCUGCGACCAGCGCCUUCCGCCCCAUCAAGAGGAACUUCGCUCCUGCUUUCGGUGCCCGCUUCGCCAGCUCCGCUGCCGCUCAGGAUGGCAAGAUCCACCAGGUCAUUGGUGCCGUUGUUGACGUCAAGUUCGAUGGCGACAAGAUGCCCGAGAUUCUGAACGCCCUGACCACCGAGAACGGUGGCCAGAAGCUCGUUCUGGAGGUCGCGCAACACUUGGGUGAGAACGUCGUCCGCUGCAUUGCCAUGGAUGGUACCGAGGGUCUCGUCCGUGGCGCCAAGGCUCUCGACACCGGCGCCCCCAUCAAGAUCCCCGUCGGCCACGGUACCCUUGGUCGUAUCAUGAACGUCACUGGUGACCCCAUUGACGAGCGUGGUCCCAUCAAGGCGUCCAAGUACGCCCCCAUCCACGCCGACCCUCCCCUCUACACCGACCAGUCUACCUCUGCCGAGAUUCUCGUCACUGGUAUCAAGGUCGUCGACCUUCUCGCCCCCUACGCUCGUGGUGGUAAGAUUGGUCUGUUCGGUGGUGCCGGUGUCGGCAAGACUGUGUUCAUCCAGGAGCUGAUCAACAACAUUGCCAAGGCCCACGGUGGUUUCUCCGUCUUCACUGGUGUCGGUGAGCGUACCCGUGAGGGCAACGAUCUGUACCACGAAAUGCAGGAGACUGGUGUCAUUCAGCUCGAGGGCGAGUCCAAGGUCGCUCUGGUCUUCGGUCAGAUGAACGAGCCCCCCGGAGCUCGUGCCCGUGUCGCCCUUACCGGUCUGACUGUUGCCGAGUACUUCCGUGACGAGGAGGGUCAGGAUGUGCUUCUCUUCAUCGACAACAUCUUCCGUUUCACCCAGGCCGGUUCCGAGGUGUCUGCCCUGCUUGGUCGUAUCCCCUCUGCCGUCGGUUACCAGCCUACGCUGGCCGUCGACAUGGGUGCUAUGCAGGAGCGUAUCACCACCACCCAGAAGGGUUCCAUUACCUCCGUCCAGGCCGUCUACGUCCCCGCUGAUGACUUGACUGACCCUGCGCCCGCCACCACCUUCGCUCACUUGGACGCCACCACUGUCCUGUCCCGUGGUAUCUCCGAGUUGGGUAUCUACCCCGCCGUCGACCCUCUUGACUCCAAGUCCCGUAUGCUCGACCCCCGUGUCGUCGGCCAGGAGCACUACGACAUCGCUACCCGCGUCCAAAUGAUCCUCCAGGAGUACAAGUCUCUGCAGGAUAUCAUUGCCAUUCUGGGUAUGGACGAACUGUCUGAGGCCGACAAGCUUACCGUCGAGCGUGCCCGUAAGAUCCAGCGUUUCCUGUCGCAGCCCUUCACCGUCGCCCAGGUUUUCACUGGUAUCGAGGGUAAGCUGGUUGACCUGAAGGACACCAUCCGUUCCUUCAAGGCCAUCCUGAGCGGCGAGGGUGACGACCUUCCCGAGGGUGCUUUCUACAUGGUUGGUGACAUCGAGUCGGCCCGCGCCAAGGGUGAGAAGAUCCUUGCGGAUCUCGAGAAGUCCUCGUAA